AUGGAGAUGUUAUCAGAAAUCCAAAGAAACACUUCGUCCCCUCUUGAUACAUACCGGCAGGCUAUAAAGUUUAAAAGAGAGCUUGAUAAUUACCGGAAGAACUUGUACGGUACUAGUCUGGUCUUGUUGGCGUUAGGCGCAGCAGAAAAUAUCGUUGUGUGCUUGGUUCUCCUCAAAGUUUCUAAAUCGGGAAGAGCCACACAGCCCAAUGCAAAGUUAUCCAACUUCCUCCUUCUUCAGUUGGCGAUCACAGACCUAGUAUUCAGAGCUCUUAAUGUGCUUCGUAAAACAUUUGAGAACUUUUGGGAAAUAAGUCCUGAACAUUGUAAAACAGUGAUAUUUACACAGUUUACCUGCGCCGCGGUGACGUUCGAGCUGCUUUCAGGGAUUGCCCUCGAUCGGUACAUUCACAUCAUAUUUCCACUUCGAAGUUUGGGAUUGAAGCCAAGAAAAUGCUUGACUAUGCUUCUGAUCUGGGUUUAUGCCAUGUUAAUUUGUUCCGGAUUCAUUCCAAGCGCUACUGUGUCUGUGAAUAUUUUUAAUUUCCGCUAUAAGGAGCGUCCAUUCUUAAACUUAACGCAGAACAACGUAAGCCGCUGGCGAGAUAUUAGGCACUGCACACCGGGAUCUGUGGGAUCAUUAGAGCGACAGAUUGCCUUUACUACUUAUUUUCUGUUGGCUUUUGUUGUACCUUUGGUUUGCAUCAUAUUCUCAUACACUAAGAUAACUUGCUUUCUUUGGAACAAAGCAAAAGCGAGUAAUCACGUACACCGUAACAUAGCAAGAGCUAAACUGCGCGCGGUGCGAACGUGUGUGUUUGUCGUCCUCAGUUUUAUCAUCAGCUGGGGUCCAAUAAUGAUUCUAGACAUCAUUACUUCUUAUCAUUCUUAUCACGUUCACCGGCGAAAAAAAGCUUCAGGAAAUUUACCGUUAAGGCCCCUUUUUGACUGUUUCUCUCUGACGAGUUCCAUUUUUAAUCCGAUCAUAUACGCCUUCUGUGACGCCAGUUUCAGAAGAAAUCUCCGUCUUUUGUUUUGUUCGCGAAAAACGACCCGUUUCGAAGUCAAUCGAAUUUCCCCU